CACUCCAUUUCUCUCGCUCUGUUACGCCAUUUUUGGAUUAAGAAGAAGAAGAAGAAACCAGUAGAGUCUCUCCACCAAACCCUAAACCAUGGCCGAGGGACUCGUAUUGAAGGGCACCAUGCGCGCCCACACCGACAUGGUCACGGCCAUCGCCACGCCGAUCGACAAUUCCGACAUCAUCGUGACGGCGUCGCGUGACAAAUCCAUCAUCCUCUGGAAACUCACCAAGGACGAGAAAUCCUACGGUUACGCGCAGCGAAGGCUCACUGGUCACUCCCAUUUCGUGGAGGAUGUCGUUCUCUCAUCGGACGGUCAGUUCGCUCUCUCCGGAAGCUGGGACGGCGAGCUCCGUCUCUGGGAUCUCGCCACCGGCGUCUCCACAAGAAGAUUCGUGGGACACACGAAAGACGUGCUCUCCGUCGCUUUCUCUGUUGAUAACCGUCAGAUCGUAUCUGCGUCUCGUGACCGUACGAUCAAGCUGUGGAACACUCUUGGUGAGUGCAAGUACACGAUCUCCGAGCAAGGUGAUGGUCACAAGGAGUGGAUUAGCUGUGUUAGGUUUAGUCCCAACACGCUUGUGCCCACCAUUGUCUCUGCUUCGUGGGAUCACACCGUGAAAGUGUGGAACCUCCAGAACUGCAAGCUGAAGAACUCUCUCGCCGGACAUUCCGGUUACCUCAACACGGUGGCCGUCUCGCCCGAUGGUUCGCUGUGCGCGAGUGGUGGGAAAGACGGUGUGAUCUUGUUGUGGGAUUUGGCAGAAGGAAAGAAGCUGUACUCGCUUGAGGCUGGCUCGAUUAUCCACUCGCUUUGCUUUAGCCCGAACAGGUACUGGCUGUGUGCUGCAACAGAGAACAGUAUCAAGAUCUGGGAUCUUGAGAGCAAGAGUGUUGUUGAGGACUUGAAGGUUGACCUCAAGGCUGAGGCUGAGAAGUCUGAUGGUGGUGUCGGAACUGGUAACCAGAAGAAGGUGAACUACUGUACGAGCUUGAACUGGAGUGCAGAUGGAAGCACGUUGUUCAGUGGUUACACAGAUGGAGUUGUCAGGGUCUGGGGUAUUGGUCGUUACUAGAGAGACACAAGAAGAAGAAGAAAACGUUGAGUGUUACCAAAAUCUCCAGAGAAGCUAGCUGUUUUUAUUUUCUCCAAUUUUUCUAGACUGGAUCUUUUUCAAUUUACUCUUAUGUAUUAGUCCCUCCGAAACCUCUGCAAUUUUUGUUUAAUUCCAUAAAGAUCCCAAAAAAAGAAAAAAUCCCCAAGUCAAGAAAGUUUAUCCA